AUGCGCGUUCCUAUCGCCGUGCAGCUCGCGCUGCUGGUUCUGCUGACCACAUUGCUGGGGAUUGCCGUGCUGGCCGUUGCGACAUGGAUCACCACAUAUGACUUUGUUAUCGAUGUAGAAUCAAAAAGCCUGAGGCUAGUUGCCACCAUCAAAGCCAGUCAGAUUGCGUCCGACCUCGACCUCAUAGAAGUGACCUGCAAGACCAUUGCGACGCGCCUGUUGGUCCAAGCGGCUCUUGGGCGGUACUAUGCAGGCAACACCUCCGCAAGCAACUGGGCGACUUCCAUAGAAGAUGUGCAAUCAGCCUUGGGCAGUCGAGGGUAUCUGGAUCUCUACCAAGCCUCACUGUAUUCGAGUGAGAAGGGGUCGGGAGACGGCCGGCUAUUCAGUACCACUAGUCCUACGGUCCCCGAAAUCACCCUCCCAUAUAAUUAUCCGAACGGGACCGCAGUGCUCUUGGGAGACGAUGGCCUGGGCUACCCACCAUCGCUCUAUCCAAAUCUGACAUACACCACCUCGAGCAGCGGCAACGCCGACAUCGUCCAUGCAUUCCCGGAUUUUACCCUUGGAUUGACGUCGGCAUUGUUACUAGGUCCACUUGCAAUCAACACCUCCUUCUCCUUGUUGUCUCUAACCAUCCCAAUUGUCAAUAAUACUUCCGACACAGACAUUCUGGGUUAUUUAACUGUCGUUGCCAGCGCUGCAAACGUACAAGACAUUCUUAGUUCGCGCGACGGAAUGGGGGAUACCGGCCAGGUUCUUCUCCUUGGUCCCUCGAGACCCGAAAAUACCUUUGCCUCCACGGCCCAGCCCGCCACAGCGACAUCUUCACCAGACACAGCCGCCCUCAAGAAAGCAGAAGUACAUUACGUUUUUGAACCCACGCCCUUACCGGGCCAGACCAAUCGCCAUCCUGGUAUCUCCACCGCCAAUUCGUUCCCCCUCUCGCAUUAUCCGAUGGGACUGGAGUUGAUGCUGCAGUCAUACGCCGACGAGCACAAAGCCAUCAGUGAUCUGUCGACCGAGAACGAACAAAACAAGAGUGUGGCCGUAGGCGGAAUUCGACCGCAAAGUUCGCUGGUUCAAUGGAUAUUGCUGGUCGAGGAGACCCACACAGAAGCAUACUCCCAAGUGGCACGGCUCAAGAAGGUCAUCCUGGCUUGUGUUUUUGGAGCCGCUGGCCUGAUCCUCCUCAUCGUUCCGCUGAUGACCCACUGGGCGGUCGCUCCUAUUCGUAGGUUAAGGGAAGCAGCCAGAAAUUCGGUCAUUUCACAACUCACACCGCCCCCGGCCGGCGGACGACGAUCGGGCCAUCAUGGCACAGACCCGAUUACCCAGAGUGAUAUGCAAGAUGUGGGAAAUGAAAGCAAUGAGAAAGCUCCCUUCGCUCUGAUCAAACGCUUUCGCACCCCGCUGGAGAGGCUAAACAGCACUGCGAAUAUCAACGCUGAAGGGACCCAAAGUCCUUUCCAGAUUCCCCGCAGAGUCAAGGAACGCAGCCACUGUGUGACAGAUGAGCUCACCGAGCUCACCAAAACAUUCAAUGAAAUGUCCGAUGAGCUGACCAUCCAGUACAAUCGAUUGGAGGAGCGAGUGAUCGAGCGGACCCGAGAACUGGAGAAAGCCAAGCUUGCGGCUGAAACAGCAAACGAGAGCAAGACUUUGUUUAUUGCGAAUAUAUCACACGAACUUAAAACGCCCCUGAACGGAAUCUUGGGAAUGUGUGCCGUUUGUAUGGGCGAGGAUGAUCUUUCACGCAUCAAAAAGUCCUUGCAGGUGGUCUACCAGUCCGGAGACCUUCUUCUGCAUUUGCUCAAUGACCUGUUGACUUUCAGCAAAAACCAAAUCGAACAGGCCAUUCAGCUGGAGGAAAAGGAAUUCAAAAUUUCUGAUGUCAGGGCGCAACUCGCCAUCAUCUUCCAAAACCAGGUGCACGAGAAGAACAUCGAUUUCAGCAUCCACUGUGUCACCGGAAGCAGUCAUGUCUCCGACACAGGAGUUGGUACCUUUUGCCUGGAUGAUCUGCACCAGGUCGAUUCCAUUAGCAGGCCUGCACCCGUGAAGCUGAUGGAUAUGGUGCUCUACGGCGAUCAGCAUCGGAUUCUUCAGGUGUUGAUCAAUCUGGUGAGCAAUAGUUUGAAAUUCACACCAGAAAAUGGGAAAGUCGAGGUUUGGAUCCGUUGCCUCAGCGAGGAAUCCAGUCCCGAGGGUUCCCUCCCACUCAAGUACGACAACAAAGAGAGACCAGCCGUGCGCACUCAGAGCCUCCACAGCCGGCUUUCUUCUUCAGAACCAACUGAGAACAUCGUACAUAUGCCAAAGGAUAAGCCCUCUGACCAAUCCAGUUCCCGCCCGUUGGUGUUUCUGUUUGAAGUUCGCGAUAAUGGCCCCGGCAUUCCUCAUCACCUGCACCGACGCAUUUUCGACCCGUUUGUGCAAGGCGAUUUGGGGUUGAAUCGUAAAUAUGGUGGAACCGGCCUUGGUUUGAGUAUAUGUGCGCAGCUAUCUCGAGUCAUGGGUGGCACUGUCCUCGUGGAAAGCGAAGAGGGCAAGGGGUCGCUUUUCACUCUCCGGCUGCCAUUGCGAUUUGUCAAGGAGGUUGCCCCAAGUUUUCAAAACUCCAGCAACCCAGGGUCGCGCACGCCAAGCGUUCUAUCCCUGGAAGAGUUUUCAAACGCUGCACGUACCCCUUCAAAUCAGGGAUCCAUCAAAGGCGAGCCUAUUACUACCAACUUCGAAAAGUCAGACAUCAUUCAGCCUAGACUGGUUGGUCUCAGUCAGCCUUUCUUCACACCAACAGUUCCUUCCUCCUCCAAAUCAUCUUCGCCCAAUCAUCCGACAUCGAGUCAUGGCAGAUCUGAAAUGGAUGAAGGCCCAAGAAAGACCCGUGUUCUGGUGGCCGAGGACAACAGGGUAAACCAGGAGGUGGUCCGACGGAUGCUCGCGCUCGAAGACGUCUACGAUGUGACCAUGGUCAAGGAUGGGCAAGAAGCCUACGAUACAGUGAAAUCAAAUAUGGAAACGGGGACCGUCUUUGAUCUCAUUUUCAUGGACAUCCAGAUGCCUAAUCUGGAUGGAAUCCAAAGCACGCGGCUUAUUCGAGAGAUGGGAUAUUCUGCUCCAAUUGUCGCGUUGAGUGCAUUUGCGGACGAGAGUAAUGUAAAGGAUUGCAUGGAGUCAGGGAUGGACAUGUUCAUUAGUAAACCCAUCCGACGGCCCGCGCUGAAGCAAGUGCUUAACAAAUUUGCAACAAUUCCAGAAGAAUCAUGA